CACAUGUAGUACUCCUUUCAUCCCGCCCAGUGCCCGCCUUGGCAGGGUCACGAAGAAAGCUACUUACCUCAUCAGCGUACCUGACUGACCGCGCACGACUCACCCAUCUCCAGCCAGCCCCGGGCUUACCACAUCGUCGCCUCGUUUCUGGCGUUUUUUGCCAAGUACCGGUUGGGGAUACCUACGACGCUCAUCGGUUCUGCAAGCGGUAGCCGUUCCAUCUCGAGAGACAUCGAGAAGUUGGAACAGCACACGGGGCGCCGAACGCCAUAAGAGUCGGUGGUACGAAACCUUGUCAAAAGGCCCAAUCCACGAAACCAGAUGCCAGGCCCAGCGGUCACCGUAGAAGAUCCUCGCUGCCCCAAGACACCACUGGACACGCUGGACACGCCACACCCGCACCAUGCCCCUCCCGUCGUCAGCUCACGCGCGCCCACUACUGUGCACAUCGGCCGGUUUGGGCCCCCCAACUCUUCCCAGGUUUGGUGUAGUCUUGACUUUUGCCUUUUUCUACUGCGUCGUGCUAGAACAAGGCCAGUAUCAGUGCUCUCACUGAUUGAGUCUGGUUCGUACAGGUCCCGCGCCGGCAGAACUAGCUUUCCAACAGGGCACACACAGCUUGCCCACUUUACUCCCGGCACCCGGCUUUUCCUCCGCCAGCAACCCAAACCAAAAAAGAAAACCGUGGGACGGUGGGCUAAACCCGUUCAUCGUCCCCGUAGCUCUCCCAUCUACCCGUGUCAAACCCAAUACUCUCUGUGUUCUUACACCCAAAAACGCCGAACAAUCCUCAAGCCUCUCGACUGUCCCGUCCUAAUCGACACCUUCUCUUCAACCACAGCCCAUCAAACUUCUAGCCUGGUCGGCACUUACACCCCAAACACAAACCACUCUCAUCAGACCCCAAACAACAUUAACCACCCGCCCGCCACCAUGUCGCGCAUCACCGCCCCCGUCUCGAAGCUCACCCGCUCCAUCAAUUCGGCCGCCGCCGCCAACCGUUCCAGCGGCCUCCUCGAGUCGCACUACAACGUCAACCACGGCGCCGUGCUGAUGCCAAAGUACGCCGAGCUCCUCAAGAACCGGAGUCUCCGCGAGCAUGAUUCUGCUCGCACCCUCACAACAACCCACCGCCCGACCCCGCAACCGACACGCUCUUCCCCUUCACACCGUCAGAUGCAGACCUUCUCCUCCUCCCCCGCGUCAUCCGCGGGCCCCAUCGCCUCCAUGGACUUCACCACACUCCCCGCGUCUUACGAGCCCCUCCCGGUCAACGAGUUCGCCGGCAUGCGCAUGCCUCUGCUCCCGGACUCCUUCACCACGAAACACCAAUCCCUCUAUGAACAGGUCCCCGCUGCGGAGGACCUUCCUCUCUCGAGGCCCGAGAUCUCCGUCGUCGCGGCCCACCCGGAGAACGUCACCGCCGCGGCCCUCACCGAGGUCGAGGCCUUCGGCGUCGACGGCGUCGAGCUCAAGUGGGCCCACGAGACUGAUGCCGCCGCGCCGGUCGAGACCCACCAGCCUGGCCUGAGGGACCUGUGGAAGGGCCUCGUCGACAACGUCGUCGGCACCCAGCAGCAGAAGGCCGCCUUCUAAACAGCGUUCCGCACGCUGCUGAAGAGUUCAAAUGUGGGGGAUGACGCUCAUCCUUUCCCUCACAAGGCCCACGCUCCUUUCUUGUUUUCUCUUCUUUUUGUUGGUUGAC